AUGGCGGAUCCUAGCACCUACGAUUUCCUCAAGCUCAGUGCUAAUCCGUCAAACAAACUAAAUCCUCCGCCAAAUUCGUGCUCCAGCUCACGAUUGUUCUCCUGCCUCUACUGCAACCGCAAAUUCUGCACUUCUCAGGCCCUAGGCGGUCAUCAGAACGCGCACAAGCGCGAGAGAGCCGCCACUCGGAGAAAUCUCGCCACCGGAGAUGCGAUCUCGCGCCUCCACAGCCACCAGCCCGGCGCCGCCGACCUCAGCUCGCCACCGUACGGUCACUGGCUGGACGACGGGUCGAGCAGCGUCGCGCUCUUCGGCGGCGCUAGAUCGGUUUCCGAUCGGCUCUCGCUAGGUGAUUCCGGCGAAAACGUAAACCUCGAUCUCACGCUUCGCUUGUGA